GAACGAGCGACAGAGCUUUUUUUCUCUGGAGAGGGGACGCCUCCCACCGCCGCCGCCCUCCGGACCCUGCAGAGAGCGCGAGGGGGAGGGGGCGUUGGGGUGAAGGCGGCGCUGCAGACCCAAGUCCGGCUGCGCUUCAGGACCAGUCUUACAGAAGCUCUUGAAAAAAUGUGGUGAAUAAAAAUUUGGUCUGUUUACAGGGGGGAAAUUCUGGUUUACAGCAAAGUAUGCAGAUGAACUUUUACAGAGCUGGCACUGUUUUCUUCUGUGCACAAGAAUGUGAAAUACCUUCAGAAAAAAGGAAAAGUGGCAAGACGAAAGAACUUCUCAGACCUGUGACUGGGAAUCAAGGGACAAACAGAAGUCUGGAUGAGCUCUUAGAUUUUAGAUAAUGGGCUGUGUGCAAUGUAAGGAUAAAGAAGCAACAAAACUGACAGACGAGAGGGAUGGCAGUUUAAACCAGAGUUCAGGUUAUCGCUAUGGGACAGAUCCCACCCCUCAACAUUACCCAAAUUUUGGUGUGACUUCAAUUCCAAACUACAACAACUUCCCCACAGCCGGUGGACAGGGGCUGACCGUCUUCGGUGGUGUAAAUUCCUCAUCACAUACAGGCACACUGCGAACAAGAGGAGGCACAGGUGUAACUCUCUUUGUGGCUCUGUAUGAUUAUGAAGCAAGAACAGAAGAUGAUUUAAGUUUUCAUAAAGGAGAAAAAUUUCAGAUACUUAACAGCUCGGAAGGAGACUGGUGGGAAGCCCGUUCUUUGACUACAGGAGAAACUGGAUACAUUCCCAGUAAUUAUGUGGCUCCAGUCGACUCCAUCCAAGCAGAGGAAUGGUACUUUGGCAAACUUGGACGAAAGGAUGCUGAGAGGCAGCUGCUAACAUUUGGAAAUCCUCGAGGAACUUUCCUGAUUCGUGAGAGUGAAACCACCAAAGGUGCCUAUUCAUUGUCUAUUCGUGACUGGGAUGAUAUGAAAGGAGAUCAUGUCAAACAUUAUAAAAUUCGCAAACUUGACAAUGGAGGAUAUUACAUUACAACCAGGGCACAGUUUGAAACUCUUCAACAGCUUGUUCAGCAUUAUUCAGAGAGAGCUGCAGGUCUUUGCUGCCGCUUAGUAGUCCCUUGUCAUAAAGGAAUGCCAAGGCUUACUGAUCUGUCUGUCAAAACCAAAGAUGUCUGGGAAAUUCCACGAGAGUCACUACAGUUGAUCAAGAGACUGGGAAAUGGGCAGUUUGGGGAAGUAUGGAUGGGUACUUGGAAUGGAAAUACUAAAGUGGCAAUAAAGACUCUGAAGCCUGGCACAAUGUCCCCAGAAUCAUUCCUGGAGGAGGCUCAGAUCAUGAAAAAGCUAAAACAUGACAAACUGGUCCAGCUCUAUGCUGUGGUGUCUGAAGAACCUAUCUACAUCGUCACAGAGUAUAUGAGCAAAGGAAGUUUGCUGGAUUUCUUAAAAGAUGGAGAAGGAAGAGCUCUGAAAUUGCCAAACCUAGUGGAUAUGGCAGCACAGGUUGCUGCAGGAAUGGCUUACAUUGAGCGAAUGAAUUACAUACACAGAGACCUGCGUUCUGCAAACAUCCUGGUGGGAAAUGGGCUAAUAUGCAAGAUUGCUGAUUUUGGACUAGCAAGAUUAAUUGAAGACAAUGAAUACACAGCCAGACAAGGUGCAAAGUUUCCAAUAAAAUGGACUGCCCCUGAAGCUGCAUUGUAUGGAAGGUUUACAAUAAAAUCAGAUGUCUGGUCCUUUGGAAUAUUGCUGACAGAGCUAGUAACAAAAGGGAGAGUGCCAUAUCCAGGUAUGAAUAAUCGUGAAGUCCUGGAGCAGGUAGAACGGGGCUAUAGGAUGCCAUGCCCUCAGGAUUGCCCCAUCUCCCUACAUGAGCUCAUGAUCCACUGCUGGAAGAAAGACCCAGAAGAGCGCCCAACAUUUGAGUACUUGCAGGGUUUCCUUGAAGACUACUUUACUGCAACUGAACCCCAGUACCAGCCAGGUGACAACCUGUAAUUUUUUUGGUCUGUGCAGACUACAGUUAUCAGGUGUUCCGGCAGCAGCUGACAAAGGCUGACUAGCUACUUCCAAAGGCUGCAUCUUAGAGCACCAAAAAGCACUGGAGCCAGAAGCUGAGAAUUCCCAGACCUAACCUGCCGUAAAGAUCUGAAUGUCUUCUAUGAACAGAAAAGUGAACACUUGAUUUUGUUCUUCAUCAGAGACUCAGAAACUGCAUUGUUUUGAUGUUAUGUAAACUGCAAAAUCUUUGUUCAGUGUAAAUAGUAAUUCAGUGCCAAUAACAUCCUAGUGCUUUCCUUUUUUAAAAAAUAAUAAUAAUGCAAAGUUAUGUGAUUUUAACUAGUCUUCUCCUGAUUCAACUAAAGUAUUAUUUUCCAAAAGUGGCCUCUUUUUGUCUACAUUUUUUCAUGUUCUAACAAAAUAAAAUCAGGACCAGUGUUUGGGGAUUUUGGUUUUCGUUUGGUUGGUUGGGUUUUUUCCUUUUCCUUUUUUGCUUUUAUAUAUAAGAUAUAUGUAAAAUAUAUACAUACUUGUAUAUAGUUGUGGGUGCUACUGCAGAGGAAACUCAUUUCAGAAACGGAUUAGCCAUAAUGCUGAAGCACCCAGAAAAAGACUAAUUUCCUUGUAGACAUGAAACACUGGUGAAGAUUCUGAAAGCCAGUGACUGAAUUUUUGGCUUUUGCCAAGCAUGACUUUUUAAAUUGGAUUGCACUUUUGGGUUUGACUAUGUACCUGUAGGUUGUUGUAACUUUUGAUCUUUCAGAAAUCAUGUGCAGCAUUUCCAGCAACUUUUGCCAACUGCGUGGUUUGAACUUGUGAUCAAAAUUUAAUAACAAACUUAUUAAAGCAAGAAAAUGCGCCAUUACCUGUUCAGACUGGAAGACUGAAACUGCAAGUACUUUCCUGUAUCAAAAUAUGUAUACUGAACAUUUUCUGAUUUUUUUAAAAAAUUAAUAAACAUUGCAACCACAUGCAAAUAGUCUCAACCUCAUAGCAUUUAAUCAUGUCCCCAUGCUUAACCAUUCAUCAGGCAUCCGCUAGAGUACCUUUUUCACAUACCAUAACCCAUCGUAAAGUAGGUGUUUUAAAUGUCCUGUACUGCUGAUGAAAUUACUUUCAAUAUGUCUGCAAGUGUUUCAGUGGAAUUACUAUGCACUUCUUUUAUGGGGAAACGGGGAGGGAAUGGAGGGAUACACGCAAGUAUUACUUUUUUCAGUUGUCUGUAUCAGCCUUGGAUACCUUCUUUUCUUACCUUUAACCAAAAAGAAACAAAAAAGCCACAUCCUUUCUAUGUCUCUCUUAAGUUUUUUUAAAAAAUAAUUUUAGUCUUAAUUACCUUUUGUUGUUGUUUUUAUUUGCAAGUUUACAUUUUUAAAAUGUUUAACCGUCUUAAUUUAGUAAUUAAAAGAGUAUUUUACAUUUGGA